ACGACAAAUCAAUUUUGAAAACGAAGGGCCGAAUGGGACAGAGUAUUUUAGACUUUACUACUCCUAUAAUAAUUCAGCACUGGGCAACAUUUGGUCGGAGUAAUGAAUUUCCAUUUUCCUAAAUGGUUCUUUCUCUUCAGGUUGCCGGCUGCCACCAUCCUAUUUUGAUGUGAAUUGGAAUUCAUUCAUAUCCAGGUAUUUGAACAUGCAAUUCUUUCUUCAGUACUGGGCAUGCAUUGUAUGAUGUUUUUCCAGUACCAUUAUCUUGACUUCUCUCUGGUCUUUUCUUCCAUUCUGCAGGAAAAGAGACUGGCUUGAAAGUUGAAAGUCAAUCAUGUCUUCUUCUCCAUGGCUCACAUCUCUGGACUGUGCUGCUCCCGUCUUCCAAUCUUCAGACAGUUCAUCUUUCAUCUCAACUGUUAUCAAUUGGUUAAAAUUCAUUUUUCUGUCACCAUGCUCCCAGAGGGUUCUGUCUUCCUCGAUUGAUCUGCUCUUCAUAUCAGGGGUAGUAGUUCUAGCAAUCCAAAAGCUAGGCCAUAAGCUGACCCGCGGAGCUACUUCCAACUCCUCUAUUAAUAAACCUUUUCUUGAACCAGAUAGGGCUCAUUUCAGAGUCAACCACUGGUUCUAUGUAUCUUUGACUGUGACAGGUCUCUUAGUCUUAGGUUAUACUGCCCUUUUCUCAUUCACAGUGUCCAAGGGUAUCCAUUCAUCAUGGGAUUUGAUAGAGACCGUGUUCACAUCAUUACAUGUUGUGGCUCACCUCCUUGUUCUUGUUCUGGUUGUACACUUGAAGAAAUUAGGAGUUGUUUAUCACCCUGUGUCCCUUCGAGCCUACUGGGCUGCAAAUUUCAUAGUUAUAUGUUUGUUUUCUGCUGUUUCUGUUAUUCGCAUGGUGUCUGAUGUUGGUAUAGAGGAUCCUAGACUGAGAGUGGAUGAUUUGUCCUUCUUGGCUAGCUUCCCUUUGUAUGUUUAUCUCUUGGUUGUCUCAAUUAGGGGAUGUACUGGAAUAAAUGUGGCCGGGGAAAAGGCUGAUGUUAUUGUGGGGGAUCCUAAUGUGAGUGGUUAUGCCACGGCGUCGUUGCUGUCGAGAGCUUCCUGGAAUUGGAUGAAUCCAUUACUGGGAAAGGGAUACCAAUCCCCUUUAACAAUGAAAGAUGUUCCUUCUCUUCCACCUGAAUUUCGUGCAGAAAGAAUGGGAGAACUCUUUGAGAGGAACUGGCCAAAGGAAGGAGAGAACAUGAACCACCCUGUGCUGAAAGCGCUAAUCCGUUGCUUCUGGAAGCAGAUUGCUUUCACUGGUUUUCUUGCUGUUAUACGGUUGGCUGUCAUGUAUGUUGGCCCUAUGCUAAUUAACAGUUUUAUCAGUUUUAGCUCCGGGGAUAGAAGCAACCCCUCUGAGGGGUACCUUCUAGUGCUGACCCUCCUGAUUGCAAAAGUGGUUGAAGUAUUGAGUUCACAUCAUUUUAACUUCCAUUCUGCAAAACUUGGGAUGCUGAUCAGAUCCUCCCUCAUCACUAACCUGUUCAAGAAAGGGCUCAGGAUGUCUUGCUCCUCCAGACAGGCACAUGGUGUGGGACAGAUUGUGAACUAUAUGGGAGUUGACUCCCAGCUGCUCGCGGACAUGAUGCCACAGCUACAUGCCUUAUGGAUGAUGCCAAUCCAACUGGUGGCCGCCUUGUUCCUCCUAUAUCUCUAUAUAGGUGUUCCAGUCCUCGCAUCACUGUUCACAAUCCUUGUGGUGAUUAUCUUCACUUUGGUUAUUUCGCGUAUGAGCAAUGUGUUUCAGUUCGAACUGAUGGAGAUCCGCGAUAAGAGAAUGAAAGCUAUAAAUGAGCUGCUGAACAACAUGCGUGUCAUCAAGUUUCAAGCGUGGGAAGAGCACUUCAGGAAGAAAAUAGAAUCUCUUCGUGGAGUGGAGUUCGGCUGGCUUAGUAAAGUCAUGUAUUUGCUUUUUCUCAACUUUUCUGUACUAUGGAGUAUUCCAAAUUUCAUUUCACUUCUUACUUUUGCCGUAGCAAUUUGGAUGAAAGUCCCUCUUGAUGCCGGGACAGCGUUCACGACAAUAACUGUCUUGAAAAUCUUACAAGAACCUAUCCGGACCUUUCCUCAAUGUUUAGUCUACCUUUCUCAAUUCAUUACGUCUCUGAAGAGACUGGAUGACUAUCUGACAAGCCAUGAACUGGACUCUAAGUCAGUGGAAAGAGAUGAGGGUUGUAAUGGUGCCAUUGCAGUUGAGGUCAAAGGAGGGCACUUUUCGUGGGAUGAUGAAGGAAAGCACAAUGCCCUGAAAGACAUAAACUUUGAAGUCAGAAAGGGAGAACUUGUUGCGAUUGUUGGGACUGUUGGAUCAGGAAAGUCUUCCUUGUUAGCUUCAGUUCUUGGUGAACUUCAAAAAUCUUCCGGAAAGGUCAGAGUUUGUGGAACUACGUCUUAUGUGGCCCAAACAGCAUGGAUUCAGAAUGCGACUAUUCAAGAAAACAUAUUGUUUGGCUCGCCAAUGGACAUGGACAGAUACAAACAUGUGAUAAGAGUUUGCUCCUUGGAGAAAGAUAUGGAAAUUAUGGAACAUGGUGACCAAACUGAGAUAGGAGAACGCGGAAUCAACCUCAGUGGUGGUCAGAAGCAAAGGAUACAAUUAGCAAGAGCAGUGUAUCAGGAUAGUGAUAUUUAUUUCCUUGAUGACAUAUUUAGUGCUGUUGAUGCUCAAACUGGAUCUGAGAUAUUUAAGGAAUGUGUGAAGGGCAUUCUAAGAAAUAAAACAAUUUUACUCGUAACUCACCAAGUUGAUUUCCUGCACAAUGCUGAUCUUAUACUGUUGAUGCGAGAUGGGAAGAUCGUUCAAUCUGGAAAAUACGGGGAGCUUCUUGAAUCUGGUUUGGAUUUCGGAGCUCUUGUUGCUGCACAUGAGAACUCCAUGGGGCUCGUGGAAAUGAGCAUGAAUGUUUCUCACAACUCCCCACAAACUCCUCAAAAUUAUGAAGACCAAAUGGAGACCAAAGGUUCUUUCCACGCAUCUGAGUCUAAAGGUAACAUCAAGCUCAUUGAAGAUGAGCAGAGAGAAACUGGCCAUGUCAGCUUUGAUGUCUACCGGCAGUACUGCACGGAGGCAUAUGGAUGGUGGGGAGCAGGAGGAGUAGUAAUAGCCUCAUUUCUGUGGCAAUUAUCCCUCAGUUCAAGUGAUUAUUGGCUUGCAUAUGAGACCUCUUCUAGUCAUGCUUUUACACCAUCUCUUUUCAUUAAUGUUUACGCAAUCAUAGCAGCAAUUUCUUUUGCGCUUGUGGCGGUCCGAUCAUUUGCAACCGCAAUUUUGGGUUUGAAUACAGCUCAAAGAUUUUUCACUCAGAUUGUUAACAGCAUAUCCCAUGCUCCAAUGUCCUUCUUUGACACAACUCCUUCUGGAAGAAUAUUAAGUCGUAUGUCAACUGAUCAAGCCAAUGUCGAUUUCCUAAUACCAUUGUUUAUGAGUAUUGCACUGGCAAUGUAUUUCACUAUAUUUAGCAUAUUGGUUAUUAUGUGCCAGAAUGCUUGGCCUACAAUAUUCCUCCUGGUCCCUCUCAUCUGGCUCAAUAUCUGGUACCGGAAUUACUACAUUGCAUCAUCACGUGAAUUAACCCGACUUGAUUCAAUCACUAAAGCGCCUAUUCUCCAUUUCUUUUCGGAGACUGUUUCUGGGGUUAUGACCAUACGUUGUUUGGGGAAAGAAGAUGAAUUCUUCCAGAAAAAUGUUGACAGGGUGAAUGCAAAUUUGCGGAUGGAUUUCCAUAACAAUGGAUCAAAUGAGUGGCUAGGCUUCCGUUUGGAGUUGAUUGGAAGUGUCCUGCUCUGCAUUUCUACCCUUUUCAUGGUGAUGCUGCCAAGCACUCUUAUUGGAUCAGAAUAUGUGGGAUUGGCUCUAUCGUAUGGUCUGUCUCUGAAUGGUGUUCUCUUCUGGGGUGUCUAUAUGACCUGUUUCAUGGAGAACAAAAUGGUUUCAGUGGAAAGGAUAAAGCAGUUCAUAAAGAUCCCAUCAGAAGCUAAAUGGAGGAUUGCAGGUUGUCUUCCGUCCCCAGAUUGGCCUACUCAUGGGGAAAUAGAGAUAAAGGACUUGAAAGUCAGGUAUCGGGAUAACACACCUCUAGUUCUCAAGGGAAUAUCCUUCAGCGUCCACCGAGGAGAAAAGAUUGGUAUAGUUGGAAGAACUGGAAGUGGGAAGUCAACAUUGAUUCAAGUUUUCUUUAGGCUGGUGGAACCUUCUGGAGGGAGAAUAGUCAUAGAUGGAAUUGAUAUAUGCACACUUGGCCUUCAUGAUCUCAGGUCUCGCUUUGGAAUCAUCCCUCAGGAGCCUGUUCUCUUUGAAGGGACUGUCAGGAGCAACAUUGAUCCUCUCGGGUUAUACUCUGAUGAUAAGAUAUGGAAGUGUCUCGAGCGUUGCCAAUUAAAGGAUGUAGUGGCUGAAAAGCUUGGGCAACUAGAUGCUGCAGUGGCUGACUCGGGGGAUAAUUGGAGUGUGGGGCAAAGGCAGCUCCUAUGCUUGGGGAGAGUGAUGCUAAAGAACAGCAGAAUUCUCUUCAUGGAUGAAGCAACAGCUUCAGUUGACUCACAAACCGACGCUGUCAUCCAGAGAGUAAUUCGAGAAGACUUCUUGGACUGUACCAUUAUCACCAUUGCUCACAGAAUUCCUACAGUUAUAGACUGCGAUAGGGUGUUAGUCAUAGACGAUGGGUGGGCAAAGGAGUAUGAUGCACCAACUAAGCUGAUGGAGAGACCAUCACUGUUUGGGGCUUUGGUUCAAGAGUACUCCCAGAGAUCAUCAGGGUUAUAGGAACCUUUUAUGCUGCUCUACGCAUACAUGUGCAAUUGGCCUUUCUGCAAGAUCAUUCAUGAACCAUUUUGAGAUUAAAUUUGAGAUUAUUAUUAUUGCUUCUAUAAUGUACAUAGAGAAAAUGUAUCGAAAACUAUUUACAGACAAUAAGGUGAUCAGAUUCCACUAUAAACUUAAAUAUCAAGAUUUUAUGCUUCAGUGUAUGUGUAUCAAACUAUUAAGAGUUAGUCAAGAUGAAACUUUUCCGGGUAUAAAUAUCGUCAUUACUUAAAUCC